CUCUGCUCCAAUUGCGCACAGAAUCAAGCAUCUCCAGCUUCCUCUCUCGAUUCUCUAGAUCUCUUGCAGAAACGCUCCUCUACGCGGAACAUAUUCGUCAAGACACAUCUGAGGCUGUACUCUUGCAGGGUCCGCAGUACCAAUUGACGUCCGUGUUCACCCCGGGUCCGAGGGAGUGGAAGGAGUCAUGGUAUAGCUCAGGCUUAUAGACGUCAGCAUCUCAAGACAUCUCUAGUCUCUAGCUUUCUCGUUUGAAAGCUACUUUACAUCGAGACAUGUCAGGAAGCAAGGCGCGUACGAGUCGCAAAGAUCGCGAGGAGGAUGUCGAAACGAUGCUAGCGCAGGCCAGAGCAGCAUUGCGAACAGGCCCACCUCGACAGUUCUCUACCCAUUCUACCGCAUCCGUGCCGGAUAGCGCGUGGUUCGUCAGCGAUCUUAUGCUCGGCGCGGGCAUGGUCAUACUCCAGCCCGACACAAAGAAGAUAGCAGUCGUGUAUGACGAUCGGAUGGACUUCUGGUUCCUGCCCAAGGGCCGGAAGGAUGUGGGAGAGUCGCUGGAGCAGACGGCGCUGCGCGAGGCAUACGAGGAGUCGGGAUACCAGCCCCAGUUUCUUCCUCUGUACAUGCCCCAUCGGUUUCCCUCGCCCCCGAACCCGGACAAAGGCGUCGCUGGGACACGAUCUCCAUUUGCCAAGGUCACCGAGCCUAUCUACGUCACCACACAGACCUGGGGCCCACGAUACCACAAUGACGGCAGCCUUCGGGAUGCCGGCGGGGAAUACAUCUCGUUCUACUACGUUGGAUACAUCGGCGCAGACGCCGUCCAUCAUCAGAACACCGGCAUGGAUAACGAAAUGCACUACGUUACCCAUCUGCUUCCGGCUCAGGAAGCUAUCCAGCGGCUCACCCGGUACGAGCGUGCCGUGGCACACAUGGCGUGGCAGUUGUGGGUGCAAACGGCGCAGAUAGACGAGGCCAAGACGAAAGAUAGCGAGGACAAGGCCGACGAAGGCCGCACAGAAGAGCCCAACAGGGCCCCUGUUCCUGUCACCAAGCAAGGGCCUCGAACGGAGCCACAGGACCCGUCUGACGCUGCAGAAGGCGCCCCGUCCGCCUGAGCUGCCGUACAUCUGCGCUUGCUCUUCGCGAAGCUUUCGUGACCGACGGAGGUUGCACCCGUGUUUCGUGUCCUCGUCGACGCAUUUCUUUGAAGACACGGUCCGGACGCAUUCACGUCUUCAUAUGGGAGAGAGCCUGGUAUUCUCGCAUUCGAUAACUCGCAGUAUGAUCCAUCGGGCCAUGUGAAGUGCGGAACUGUUAUCUGGAUCCCGCGUUAUUGAAGCAGCUGCAGUCAAUGUAGAGUCCGCAACGGCCCAGAUGACGCGACCCGAAGCCAUCCUGUUGUACACGAUGUGUGACCAAGCUGUUCAUGGCAAUAUCAC